AGGCGCCGCCAAAGGAGCGGCCGCCUCGCUGCCCCCACCUCCGAGCGCAGGGCGGCCGCACACCACGCAGAGCCCACCGCCCGGCCCCGGCGCGCGGCUGGCGGCUGGCGGUAGGGUGGGCUGCGCCGCGCCUGGCCGCGGGGCUGCGGGGCCAGGGACCGCCGCGCCCACCGGUUCCCGCCGCCCCGCCGCGCGGACCCAGCGCCAGUGCGCGGGCGGGGGCGGCGCGCCGCGGUGGCCGAGCGUCCCGCGUGCGCCCCGCGGAGCCGCGCGCAGACCCGCCGGCCGUCGGGGGCGCGGCCGGCCGCCCGAGCCCACACCUGUCCGGCCGCGGCGGCCCGGCGCCUGUGUCGCGCCGCAGUCGGGGGCAUCGGAGGCAGCGAGGGCGAAGAGAGCCGGCGGAGGCGAGGCCCGCGCUCAGGAGGAAGCCGCGCCCGGCCGGAGGCCUCGGACCCCGAGCCCCGAGCUCCACCGCACCAUGGCCCCGAAGCUGCUCCUCCUCCUCUGCCUGUUCUCGGGCUUGCACGCGCGAUCCAGAAAGGUGGAAGAGGAUGAAUAUGAAGAUUCAUCAUCAAACCAAAAGUGGGUCUUGGCUCCAAAAUCCCAAGACACCGAUGUGACUCUUAUUCUCAACAAGUUGCUAAGAGAAUAUGAUAAAAAGCUGAGGCCGGACAUUGGAAUAAAACCGACCGUAAUUGAUGUUGACAUCUAUGUUAACAGCAUUGGUCCUGUGUCCUCAAUAAACAUGGAAUACCAAAUUGAUAUAUUUUUUGCUCAGACCUGGACAGACAGUCGCCUUCGAUUCAACAGCACAAUGAAAAUACUUACUCUGAACAGCAACAUGGUGGGGUUAAUAUGGAUUCCAGAUACAAUCUUCCGCAAUUCUAAAACUGCAGAGGCUCACUGGAUUACCACCCCCAAUCAGCUCCUCAGAAUUUGGAAUGAUGGGAAAAUCCUUUACACCUUAAGGCUCACCAUAAACGCAGAGUGCCAGCUGCAGCUGCACAACUUCCCCAUGGAUGAGCACUCCUGCCCACUGAUUUUCUCCAGCUAUGGCUACCCCAAAGAAGAAAUGAUUUAUAGAUGGAGAAAAAAUUCAGUUGAGGCAGCUGAUCAGAAAUCCUGGCGGCUUUAUCAGUUUGACUUCAUGGGCCUCAGAAACACCACAGAGAUCGUGACAACAUCUGCAGGGGAGUAUGUUGUCAUGACUAUAUACUUUGAAUUGAGUAGAAGAAUGGGAUACUUCACUAUUCAAACAUACAUUCCCUGCAUACUGACUGUGGUUUUAUCCUGGGUCUCCUUUUGGAUCAAAAAAGAUGCUACACCAGCAAGAACAGCAUUAGGCAUCACCACAGUGCUGACCAUGACCACACUCAGCACCAUAGCCAGGAAGUCCCUGCCCCGUGUGUCCUAUGUGACUGCCAUGGACCUCUUCGUGACUGUGUGCUUCUUGUUUGUCUUUGCUGCUCUGAUGGAGUAUGCUACCCUCAACUAUUAUUCAAGUUGUAGAAAACCAACCACCACCAAGAAGAAAACAUCGUUAUUACAUCCAGAUUCCUCAAGAUGGAUUCAUGAGCGAAUAAGCCUACAAGCUCCCUCCAACUAUUCUCUCCUCGACAUGAGGCCACCACCACCUGCGAUGAUCACUUUAAACAAUUCCGUGUACUGGCAGGAAUUUGAGGAUACCUGUGCCUAUGAGUGUCUGGACGGCAAAGACUGUCAAAGCUUCUUCUGCUGCUAUGAAGAAUGCAAAUCAGGAUCAUGGAGAAAAGGGCGUAUUCACAUAGACAUCUUGGAGCUGGACUCGUAUUCCCGGGUCUUUUUCCCUACAUCAUUCCUGCUCUUCAACUUGGUCUAUUGGGUCGGAUAUCUGUAUCUCUAAAUGUUGUUCCUGAUGAGUGAAAAGCUAAGGGUUCCCCUCUUUACCUUCUGCCCUCCCAAGACCAGUAGUGACCAAUUGGAGUAGCAAGGAAGGACACUGUUAAGUUUAUCUGAAGUUAUAUUAGCUUUGAGCAGCGCAGGAGUACGUGGCAAAUAUUUCUAUCAUGUAUUUCACACUCACACGUGUGCGCACACACAAACACACAAGUUAAUUGAGUUUUAAAGUGAUAUUCUUGCUAAUCCCUUACUGAAUCUGUAACUUGGUGAUGUUUAUGAGUGGUUUUUGGAUAUUGGAAGCAGCUGCCCAUUUUCCUUGCAAAGAAAUCUAUAAAACAUGCAAGCAAAUAUCUGAGAAGCUCUCUCAGGCCCGGACCCCUUCUGUAUCUUCCUUUGCAGCCCUUGGCAGCACCAGUGCCCAUGUGUGCAGAGUCAUUGCCCAGGUGUGCAGUGUCCCAGACUCUUUCAUACUGACCUCAGCCCCGGGGUCCCGGGCAGCCUGAGUUCAAAUGUGAACUGCAGUUUAGAUUCAGUUUCCUCUCGCUGUGGCCUCUUUUGCUGUGGCACCACAGUCGUUAGCUAGCAUUCCUUUAUCUGAUGACCUCACCCUAGGCUCCAGAGGAUGUAUAUGCAUCAUCACAAGUUUCCAGUUGAGGAAAAACUAUGAUUUUCAAAAUUCUUGCGUUGGUGAAGUCAACACUGUUGGUUAUCUCUGAAUAUCAGGAGGUUAUUACUUUAUUCCAAACUGCUGGAAGUCGGUAGCAUUUGAACAUUGGGUUCUUGGACUAGUUCAGCUUGAGUUCAACAUUUUACCUUAAGAGUUGUGUUUUACUCGACCAAGGUGCAACCCCAAAGUAUGUUAUAUUAUUAUGGGUUCAAUGGUUAUCUUCAUCUUGCAAAGAAAGGUAUAGAGCAUUCACAAGCCUUUGUCUUGAAAAUAUUUUCCAGAGUGUGAAAGAAAUGUAGAUAGAGUUUUAAAAUUUCUUAGUGACUAUUAACUUUCAAGUCAAAUCAACUUUAGAUGCAAAAAAAAUGGGUAAUGGCUAUCAUAUCAUGAUAUAUUUUGAUGAACAAAAAUUAUUUUAUACUUUGAAAUAUGAAUACAUAGCAAAAUCCCAAAGAAAAAAAUUCCCUGAAAUUAUUACUCUUUUGAUAUUUUUAUAACACAAAACCAACUUGCUUCUUGAUGUUAGUUCUUUCUUAUAACUGGAUGCCAGUGUGUACUUCACAAGACUCUUCAGAAGCUUCCCACCAUUGAUAGGGAAAAAAAAAGUCCUACUAAUUUGUUAAUAAUGCUUUGGCAUUAUUAAAAUUUUGGUACUAAAAUUUUGGUACCAGAAUCUCUGUGCUGCUCAUCUUUCUCAACCAAAAAAUUGAAUUAAUUUUACUGGAAACCAUAAAAUUUUAUUUUAAUUAUCUAUUGUACAUAUUAUUAUUACUCAGAAAAAAGGUAAAACAUUACGCAGAGAUAGUAUAUAAAAGUGCUGAUUUUACACAAUUUACUGGAUGCAGACCAGACACAGAUGGAGAUGGGAAUGGAAGAGGCCAAAAAGUUGAAAUCAGAUGAGUCUGUUUAUUUUUAUGAGCAUCAUUACUAAUCAAGUGUAUGCAAACAUAUUGAUACACGAUCACCCAGUUUUCAAGGACUGAGUCUAUAUAGUGUGAGACAUUCAAGCCCAUUGCUUUUCUUCCUGUCAACUCCUUGCUUUUGAUUUGAUGGUUGCUACAUAGGCCACAAGCCAAUUGGCUUCUGUUUAGCAAAUUCAGUUUUAAAAAUAAAAUAAUGAUAAAUAUUUGUGGCGAAACAGGUCGAACCUAUUGGCUUAAAGGAGAAUUUCACCUAGUAGCAGCCUCGUUUUGUCUCUCAUGCAUAAACCACCUCCAGGGCUUGGCGGAGUCAGUCUGGAGGCACCCUGACCAAAGGAAUCCCACCACAUCGCACCAGAGCACUGAGCACCCAGGGAAGGCGGCCCAAGGUCGGUCAUCUUCAAACACAAUUUCCAACUUCAUGCAUUUAUAAUUUCUAAGAAUAUGAAGAAUGUCAACAUGUUAUGUCUUAAAAGAAGUUCUGGAGGGAACUGAAUUUUUUAGUGAAAUUCUUCUUGGGAGGAAAAUAACCUAAAAGCAUUUUUAUAACAUAGAUUUGGUCCAAUUUUACCUUAAAAUUUUUUUACUGAUGCCUCUUGUUUCAAAGCCACUAAAUAUUUGGGUGUCCUUGACAACUCUCAUGAAAGUAUAUAUAUAGGAUGUAUAUAGCUAUAACCUGUUUUCUGAAUCCAACCUUUCUCUUCUCUUCAACCUCAGUUGUCCUGCUGACCUAAACACACUAGUUCAUGGCUCCCUUUCCAUGAAGGAGAACCUUCACUCAACAGAGUCUAAUAGAUGUUCACUCCUGGAGCAUAAAAUAGAUUCCUGCACCUAGAGCAAUCUCCCCACCAGGGGGUCUGACUAAAUGAAACUAAAGCAUCCCCAAGAGCAUGCCAAUGCCUGUUUCUCUGCAGGCUUACCUAUUCAUCUUCUCUUUAUCGAUCAGCUCAUGAGAUGAGCCUUUUCAGCCCACAAUAGAGGAGAGUCCUGUGCACCUCACACAAGUGCAGAGCUCAGGGGCUUGUUAAGUAUAUCUGAGUUUACUUUUUGGAGGACUGAAGGGGAGGAGCACCGAGAGAGUGUGAGGGAAAUGCAUCACUCUUUAAUCGAAGGACUCUCUUUUGCCAGUAUGUUUGGUUAGUAGGCAUAUGUGUGGGGCACACUGUGUGAGACUGUUCCACACAGACCCUGCACCCUAAUAGCUCUGCCCAGCUUGCUUUGCAUGUAGAAUUAGGAAAUACUUUUGGUGAUUGUGUGGCAGCUGUGGGGAAGUUGUCUGAGUGACCUGCAUUCCAAAGGUGCUACUGUGUUCCUCACUUUCAGAAAUAACUUUAAAUUGAGGAUAUGACAGUUCUGCAUUUUGGCAAGGAUUCCAAAUUUCUGACCACUGUGGAUCAUACGUACAACUGUGACUAUCUCUCUUUUAAGCUGCAUCGAGGUGGAAAGAGAGAGAGAAGAAAAGGCAUUUCACCUUAAUGGAAUUAGAGGGAAAGGCCUCUUCAUAGCCUAGAAAGUUUCAGUUUCUGCAAAGUCUCACCACCACCGACCAGAACAGAGACUCAGAUACUGGACCUAGAAGGAUGAUGUUACUAUAAUUUACUCUGGACCCAGCCAAUACUGCCCCCAAUUUAACCAACAUAUGCCUUAAAACAACACAUAAAGCUCAAAUAAUACACAUCUUGUAUGUUUUCCAUUUCCUGUGAUCAGCUAUAUUUCAUGCUAGGUUUUAUUUAUCUUUUAUGAAUUGAUGAAGACAGGAUUUCAUUUCUUUCCAUGCCAAACAGUCUUAUCCUUAAUUUUAUAUCAAAUUAGUUAAGGACAAAGUUUUUAUGGAUUCUUCAAUUGAGGAAAUGCUUGUCCUUGAUAGCAAAGCAUUUCCAGGCUACACAUGGGAAACUGGGGCCAAUCUAAAAGUCAGCGACAUAGUGCUUGUGACAGGAUGUGAGCGUCCACCUAGAACCUUCACACCGAGUCAUUUUACCUGGCCAUAGCUUGUUGCUAUAAAAGUAUUUAGGCAUAUGUUUUGCUGCUCUGCAAAAUAUCACACUCUGAAAGCAAAAGGGGGUAAUCGAUAACCCCAUUUUGCACUGAUGAAUACUUGCCACAGCUGGGAAGCAACUGGCACUAUUUACCUAAAGGGCUAGAAAAUAAGCCAAACCAAACCUCUUCUUCCUUGAUCAUUUUUAUCUUGGCUGCCAGUAACUUAAAACUUUCUGUGAUUUCCUUUGCAGACUUGAAAAAUUAUAACUGAUCUCCAACCAUUUUACUUAUAUAUGCUUAUAUAUGUCCAAUCAAUGCUCUCAAGACACAAAACAUUUUGAAUUCUCUCCAUUAUCUUGCAACUGUCUGAGUGCUUUUUCUGAGUUUAUAAACUAUAUGCAUAUGAAAUUUCAUCUUCAAUUUCUAUAAAAAAAUUUGUGAAUGACUUGGGAUAAACAUAAUUGGAUGUAAAUAUACAUUGAAAUGUUUACUAUCAGUCUUGGGCUUCAGAAGACUAUCAAUUUUAAAAUAUUCAGAAAGGUGUCUGGAAACAAGGGGGAAAGAACCAGAUAGUAAAUACAUUGUAAAUGUGAAAUUCACAAUUUCCUGUUGGGCCCCCUUCAAAUUGCCCAAAACUGAGGAAGUGUGUAAUCUGUUCAUAGUUUUUUCUCAAAUUUACUUGUAGGAAACAUUCAGGUCCACACAGUUUAGCAGUACUUCCACAUUGUAUAAUCACAUCCAAAAAAACAAAAAAUAACAAUUCAGGCUAAAUGACAGACCCCUUCUUGUAUUCUUUGUUGACUUACUUUUUACUAUAAAAAUAGAUUUCUAUCAUUAUA